AUGGUUACCGUGGCCAAAAACGCGGCACGCGGCGCCACCAGCGCGCCGCGCCAGACGCUCACCGUCGUGGACAACCGCACCGGCAGCUCGUACGAGCUGCCCAUCAAGAACAACUCGGUCCUGGCGACGGACAUCAAGAAGAUCAAGGCGGCGCGCGGCAAUGACCGUCCCGAGGAUGAGACGGACCAGGGCCUCCGCGUCUACGACCCGGCCUACAUGAACACGGCCGUCGUCCAGAGCAACAUCACCUACAUCAACGGCCUGGAGGGCAUACUCCGCUACCGCGGCUACCCCAUCCAGCAGCUCGUCGACAAGUCUCAUUUUCUCGAGUCGGCCUUCCUGCUCAUCUACGGCGAGCUGCCCACGUCGUCCCAGUACAGCCGCUGGCAGGACGAGAUCAUGCACCACACCUACAUCCACAGCGACAUCGAGGGCAUGUUCAAGUCGUUCCGCUACGACACCCACCCCAUGGCCAUGCUGCAGGCCUCCUUCUCCUCGCUCGGCGCCUUCGCCCCGGAGUCGAACCCGAGUCUGCAGGGCCAGAAGCUGUACACCGACGCCGCCUCGGGCGACAUGCACGCCCUCAAGAUGCUCGACAAGCAGAUCCUGCGCAUCAUCGGCAAGGCGCCCACGCUGGCCGCCGCCUCGUACCGCAUGCGCCAGGGCCGGCCCUUCAACCGCCCCGCCCAGGGGCUCAGCUACACGGGCAACUUCCUGUACCUGCUCGACCACCUGAGCGGGCACGAGUACCAGCCUCACCCGGUGCUGGAGCGCGCCCUCGACGCCCUCUUCAUCAUCCACGCCGACCACGAGGUCAACUGCUCGACGGCGACGGUGCUGCAGGUCGGCUCGAGCCUCGUCGACCCCUACAGCGUCGUCUCGGCCGGCUGCGCCGCGCUGUACGGCCCCAGCCACGGCGGCGCCAGCGAGAGCGCCAUCCGCAUGCUCAUGGAGAUUGGCAGCCCCGAGAACGUGCCGGCCUUCAUGCAGAAGGUCGAGAAGCGGGAGCGCGUGCUCGUCGGCUUCGGCCACCGCGUCUACAAGAACGUCGACCCGCGCUCGACCGCCAUCCGCAAGCUGGCCGAGGAGGUCUUCGCCGUCACGGGCCGGAACCAGCUCCUCGACACGGCGCUCGAGCUCGCCAGGUACGCGCGCGAGAGCGAGUUCAUGACGAAGCGCAACCUGUACCCCAACGUCGACUUCUACUCGGGCCUCAUCUACCAGGCCAUGGGCUUCCCGCUCGACUUCUACCCCGUCCUGUUCGCCGUCCCCCGCUGCGUCGGCUGGCUGGCCCACUGGAGGCAGCAGAUGCUGCAGAAGGGUGGCGUCAAGAUCUGGCGGCCCCGCCAGCUGUACGUCGGCGAGGGCGAGCGCGAGUACGUCGAGGCCGGCCAGAGGCGGGAGAAGCGCGACAAGUCGCUGUUCGACGAGCCCGUGCAGGUCAGCCACGGCGGUGACAGCAAGAGGAACGAGCUCGCCACGUACAAGGACGAGAUGGGCAACGCCUGGAGGGGCCGUUCGAAGCUUUGA